AUGGCCAGUCCGAUCGCAAGCACCUCGAGGAACACCCUCGGCAGCCUGCUGAGGGGCAAGGUCUCUUCUUCCGUCUCUUCGCGCUCUGCCGUGCUCGCGCGCAAGCUCUCCACCGAAGUGCAGUCUUCCGCACCAACCGAUGGUGCCGCCGCCGCUGCUGCUGUUGCCGCCGAUGUUGUGACCGCUUCGAACCCCGCCACCGAGUCGCAAUUCUCGGACGAUGCCGUCGAGAGGCGUCGGCUGCGACGUGCUGUGAUGAACAACCUCUCCGACCUCGGCAGCACCCAGACACGAGCCACCUCGUUCCGCCCGCACAAGCUGCGUCUCAACCCGGUGGACGCACACCAGCUCACGCUCCAGCACCUCGUCGCCUCCACCGCCCAGGUGGGCCACUCGCUCUCGUCGCUCAAGGCCGCCAACCAGCCGUACAUCUACGGCCAGCGCCAUGGCGUGGCGAUCUUUGAUCUGGAGCGCGCGACGCUGCCUGCGCUGCGUCGUGCAGCGGCGGUGGUCAAGGCGAUUGCCGAGCGCGACGGCGUGAUCCUGUUCGUCGGCACGCGUCCAGGUCAGCAGGCUGCCGUACUGGCUGCAACCAAGCGUCUCGGGGCCAACGGAUUCCAUGUGACCGCCGAGCGAUGGAUGCCCGGUGUGAUCACAAACGCUCCCAAGCUCCUCGCUUCUGCCAUCCUCAAGUCAAUGGCGGAUCUCGACCCUUCCGGUAACGCCAACACCAACAGGCUCGCAUCGCGGACCCUCCAGCCUGACCUUGUCGUCGUGCUCAACCCCGUGGAGAACGCGUUUGCAAUCAGGGAGGCUACGCAGGCCAACAUCCCCACCAUCGCCAUCACCGACUCGGACGUCGACCCCAGAUGCGUCACCUACCCGAUCCCUGCCAACGACGACUCGAUCCGCAGCGUCGAAUUGAUCAUCGGCGUGCUGUCCAAGGCCGGUCAGGAGGGCCUGCGCGUGCGCGCCAAAAAGCUCGACGAGGCAGACAAGAUCGAACGCAAAGUCACCAAGGCGCUCAACCACAACAUCGACGGCGCCAACUUUGAUCCACGCACCCGCGGCGCGCCCACCCUCAGGCGCCACGACGACGACGACGAAGACGCAUAG